UUACUAACAACUUUGUAUGAUCAGUGUAAUAAACACGUGAAAGUGACAACUAUUAGCUUGUAACUUGUAAAUAUGCAUAAAAAUAAAUCUAAGGUAUGCGCUUUUAGUUGUGUCUCUACUGGUGCUAAACUACGAAAUUCCCUAUGUGCAAAUUGUCUUUACACACUUUAGCUAAAAGAAAUGUUAAACAAAUAUUUUGCAUUCAAGAGAUGAAGAGAUGUUGAAGAAAUCAUUUUUUUUCUUAAUUUUUAUACAGAGGUUAUAAAGUGCAAUGACAGAUGCAUUCGUGCAAUCGGAGUAGACUGAUUGAACUGUCAAAUAUGGUUUCUGAUGUUUACCAAGUUUGCUAAAAAUAAUUUGCUAAAAAGAGACAAUUUGCAACAUCUGUAGCAAAAUAUUGAAUAAUAACGUAAUAUUGAAUGUCAAUUGUUGAAAUUACAUUGUUGAUUGUUAUGAAAAUAAUAUCAGUUUGCAACAUGGUCUAGGGAUAUGGAUCAUCGAAUAUUCUUCCAUGGUUAGGCAUUGUUGUGUGCGUGACAUUCAAUUAAUUUUAGCAAAAUAUACAGUGAUGUAGUUAUGAGAGAAACCGGCAUUUGAAAUCUAAAUGAAAAUAAAUUGAAAGAUGGAUAUUUUAAGCAUAUUGAUUGUAAUAACUCUGAUAUAUGGUUCAUUAUUCUUUUUUGAUAUAUUUUUUAAGUCUUGUUCGCAUUUUCCAUAUAUUUAUUUUUUGGAGAAUACUGGCUUAGAAAUUCAUAUUUUGAGAGUGAAAUGGUUUACAACCGCUUUCAAUCGCAAGAUUAUAAAAUGGGGAAUGGAUCGCUCUAGAUUUUGGACUGCUUGGUUCAAUGCUGGUGUCAUUAUAAGCAUUAUACUCUUACCAAUAGCUACUAUCAUUAUUUUAAAGAUGACAUUUAAUCUGUGGCUAAUUGGAUCCUCAAGCGAUAGUAGUUCAGGAGUUAUAAUAGAACCUAUGUUACCAGGUGUGGAUAUUCCAUUCAAUGAAAUUGGCUACUAUACAACAACACUAGCAAUAUGUAGUAUAGUUCAUGAAUUAGGACAUGCUCUUGCUGCAGCGAGAGAAGAUGUGCAGCUAUAUGGUUUAGGAAUCUUGAUUGUUUUUAUAAUUCCAAUAGCUUACGUAAAUAUAAAUAAUGAACAACUAGUCGCAUUGCCAUUGAAAAAUCAGUUACGCAUUACAUGUGCAGGAAUUUGGCACAAUAUUAUUCUUGCUACAGUAGCAGCAGCAAUUCUUGUAUUUUCUACAUGGCUAUGGGCACCGCUUUAUAAUCUUGGCACUGGGAUUUAUGUAAAGACUAUUUUACCAAAUUCACCAGUAUUAGGACAAACUGGUCUUUUGGAACGUGAUGUAAUAUAUAAAUUAAACAAUUGUCCUAUAAGGUAUAGUGAAGAUUGGUACGAUUGUAUACUGCAUGCAGUGCAACAUUCAACACCUGGCUAUUGUGUUAAACAAUCAUUUAUCCAGGAUUUUGAUGAAUCAGUACCGGCUAAACAGAAAGCAAAUGGAGCUGUGAAUUGUUGUACAAGUGAUAGUGAAAUGGGUGGUAGCUUGUGUUUUGAAUAUAUUGAAGGACCACAAGCUGCUCCUCUUCAUUUACCACCACAUUCUUGUCUUCCAGUGAGGACUAUGAUUAAUCAGUCACAAAAUUUUUGUCAAGCUAGUCACGAGUGUCUAUCUCAAGAUACUCAUUGUAUGAAACCUUCUUUAGAUAAUGUGACAAAGAUUGUACAAAUAAAGAGAAAAGCAGGUAAAGAUGUGCUAUACUUUGGACAUCCAGCAGAUAUUUACAGAACUGUUGAUGUAUCAGAUUGGGUACCAAAAUAUUCUUUUCUUUAUCCUAAGUUGCCCGAAUCAAUGGCAUUACUUUGCAAAUAUAUCACGGUAUUCUCAGCAGGGCUGGCAAUUAUUAAUGUUGUGCCUUGCUUCUUUCUGGAUGGUCAAUAUAUUAUAAAUAUAGUUGUACUUUAUUUAUUGAACUCCAUGCCACACAAUAAAAAUGUCAGAGAAGCCACAAUACUUACAAUUACGAGCAUAGGUACAUUACUUCUUAUAAUAAACUUAAUGUAUUUGCUUAUCAAUAAAUUACUAUGAAUAAUCAUA